AUGGUCGGUUGCGACAGAGUCCCGGGCGAGGCCUGGGCGGAGCUCCGAGCUGCGGAGUGGCCGGAGCUCGGGAAGGCCAGCUUUGUUACAGCGGGGCCGAGGUGUUUCCAAUCAAGCGGCGAGGGCUCGGAGGAGCUGCUGGCAGCUUUAGGCCGCUCCCAGCAGCUGGAGGAGGUGGACUUCGAUCGGUGCGAGAAGAUCCCCGACGCGGCCUGGGAGCUGCUGGGCGACGGGGCUUGGCCUCGCCUCCGCGUUGCGAAAGGCAUCCCGAACGAGCACCUGGAGCGCCUGCGCGAAGCUCCUCUGGACCUCGAAGCGGGUGCAGGCGGGUGGAAGUGUGAGAAGCGGCGUUCGGCGCACUGGCUCUGGCUUUGGGUUCCGCGACGUCAGUCGAGAGAUCCGGCGGCAAGCUCCAUGGAGCUGCAGGAGCCCGGUGCCAAGCAGCUGCCGAUGUACCCGGCUUUCAUCACCUCCGUGCUGAUGCCGGGAAACGGCGGCGCAGCGGCAGUUCAGAGGGACCUCGACCUGCUGCCCGCUCUGGCCCGCUCCGACGUCGAGGAGCUCAACUUAGAUGAGUGCCGGGACGUCCCUGCCGCCGUGUGGCAGCAGCUCGGCCAGGCUCAGGGUGAGGCGUUCCAGAAGCUCAGGAAGGCGAGCUUCGCAUGGUGCUUCGACGAACGGUCCAAGGGCGCCGAGAGCGCAGCCGGGCUGCUGUUGGCCUUGAGCCGCUGCCAGCUGCUGCAGGAGCUGGGCAUGGCGUUUUGCUACAAAGUCCCGGCCGCGGCCUGGCAGCUCCUGGCAACCGCGCGCUGGGAGCAGCUCCGGAAGGCGGAUUUCUAUCGGUGCUUUGGCCGUGCUUCCGAAGGUGCCGCGCGAGUCGGAGGGCUGCUCUCGGCCUUGGCACGCUGCCGGCAGCUGCAGGACGCGUCGGCGCGCGAGUUCGAUUCUGCUUGCAGUUCCAAAGCUUCUGAUGGAGCGGAGGACAACCAAUCCGAUCCUGCCGGCCAGGAGCUGCUGAUGGGCGAGUGCCAUCAAAUCUCUGCCUCGGCCUGGCAGCAGCUCGAGGGCGCCCAGUGGCCGAAGCUCACGAAGGUGGACUUCGGGUGGUGCCUCGGCUUUUGGGCGCCUGUUGGAGUGUGUGUGGUCUGGUCGAGAUCGUUGUUGGGGUUCGAUGGGGAUGUGGGAGUGGACGAGGCGGCGGGCACCCAGCCGUUUCACAGGAGCGGUCUAACAAAGUGUCGUGGUGUGCUUAGCUCAGAGCCUUGA